UUGAGACUUCGAAGUUCGAACUGAACGGUUGUGUUUUUCCCGUGUGUGCGGGUGGCGGACGCGCGUGCCAAUCGGAAAAAGCCUGAGAAUUAAAUGAGUUGUUCGCAAAAGCCAAGGCAGCAAAAAGGAGCGAACCAAGGUGUGUUGUGUGCGUAUGCGGGGAAAGUCAGCUCACGAAAAAGUUCUAAGAUCGCCGGACGGACAAAAUUAUUUGUCGUCGACUCGGGGCCAAGGAAAAACAAGUGUAGCAUACAAAUUUAAGUGUUAGCUGUGCAGUGUGUGUGUGUGCAAUUGUGUGCGAGCGUCAACUAUAUAAACAACAAAAAAUUGUAUUUGCUGCAGAGAAAGAGAGAGCAGAGAGAGAGAGAGAGACAGAGGGAAGCUGUUGUUGCCGCUGCAUGUGGCAUGCCCAAAAAUCAGCUGGCCCCGUUUUGCCUCUCCCUCGCACACUGGCACACGAAGCGUGUAGUCCAGUGUAAAAGGCGGCGCAGCUUUUCCUUUUUAGCGUACAUUCUGGACUGGACACUCUCGGCUUAUCUCUCUUUCUCCAUUUCCAGCACUAUGCUACAAAUGUGAAAAGCAAACCCGUUUCGUUUUACUUCACCCACUGAUUUGGUUUUUUCUGCUGUCGCGUCACGCCUCGUCUUGUUUUUGUUGCAGUUGUUGCUUUUACUUAAUGCCCCUUUCAUUCAUAGAAAACGGUCAGCAAACGAAUAACAAAACAAAAGCAACAGCAGCGCGAUUUCUUUAUUUUCGCCCAAGAGAGCAGCCAGAAAAGCCAACCCAAAAAUCAACAAAACACAAUACACAAAGCCAAAUUAAAGAAAUUUAAUUUCAAAUUCGUGCGGCCACCAACAACCACAGCCAUAUCGAAAGAAAGAAAAUUAUCAAAAUCAUCAUCAGCAGCACAAAAAUCGAAAAUUGACUCGCUGUUGUGUGUGAUAAAUAUACCCUACAAGGACAUCAAGCUUCAUAUCCAACAUCAAUUAUAAAUUAUCAAACAAUUAGCAAAAUAAAUCAGACUUGCCCUCAAACACUGUUUUUGUUUGCGAAACAAUAUAUGGACUUAUAAUGAUAAAAAGCUACAACAUGCGCUUUGAGCCUUUGGGUCAGAAAAUGUUCACGCGCCGCAACUGGUUGCUGCGCUGCAGCAUUCUGAUCAAUGUCGCCGUCAUCUUGUACAUCGGUAGUCAGCUGAUGAUCGGGGGCGGCAACAACUUCACCAACGGCGGCAGUUUCCUGCUGCAGGACCAACAGCCAGUAUCGGUUCUGCAAGCGGGCCCCGCCUCGUCGGCGGCUCAGGUGCAGCCGCAACAGCCGCCUACGCCCAAGAACCAGAACCAGGCUGUCGAGAUCUUCGAGUCGGAGGAGAAGCUCCUGGUCAACUCCAAUGCAGACCCUCCAGCAGCAGCGGCACAGGCGGCGGCGGAUGGCACCGGAGGAGCUCCGCAGUUGGCAAACGACAGUGGCGGUGGAGCCGCUGCUCUGGGCGAUCCUGGCCAGGUGAUCGGAAACAUUGGAGUCGGGGGUGUUGCCGCUGGCGGCAAUGCCGAGGCGAACAACACCCAGUCGGACGGCGGCUACAUCGUCACCGGCGACGAGAAGGAGCUGGAGGAGCGGGUGCGGUCCCUAAUCAACUGCUUCGACCACGACUACCACCAGCAGACGCUGCAGCGCGGCGACUUCUGGGUGCUGCAGAACUACGUGCGGGCGGAGCACGGCGACAUCAAGUGCCACGAGUCCAUCACCUACACGACGCACGCGGACUACACGUUUCUGGACAACCUGGUGCCGCUGCUGGAGCGCUGGAACGCGCCCGUCAGCAUCGCCAUGCACGCGCCCGGCACGGACUUCCAGCCCACGCUGGACUCGAUCCGGUACCUGCGGGACUGCCUGCCCGGCAGCCACCUGGUGCGCGCGUACACCACCUUCCACGUCUACUUCGGCACCAAGCACAUCCCCAAGUCCGUGCCCAAGCCGCACGAGGUCUUCAAGACGGGGUACAACUGCACACUCCCGCCCCCGUACUUCAACGUGAGCUCGGGCCACCUCUACAAGGCGCAGAAGAAGCUCCUGUACCCGGUGAACGUGGGCCGGAACAUUGCCCGCGAUUCGGCGCUCACCCACUUCAUUUUGGCCUCGGACAUCGAGCUGUAUCCGAACCCCGGUCUGGUCAAGAAAUUCCUCGAGAUGAUUGCCCGCAACGAUCAAUACUUGAGACGCAAGGCACCCAGGGUGUUUCCACUGGCCAUCUUCGAGGUGGAGGAGAACUCUCCGGUGCCGCACGACAAGACGGAGUUGCAGGAGUUCCUGCGCACAGGCAAAGCCAUUCCCUUCCACAAACGGGUCUGCGCCAGUUGCCACGGUGUACCCAAGUCCAAGGAGUGGAUGUCCGCCAACGAGACGGACGAACUGAGUGUGUUUCACAUAGGAAAACGAACUGGUUACUAUGUUCAUUGGGAGCCGAUCUACAUUGGAACGCAUGCGGAUCCGCACUACGAUGAGCGGCUCAGCUGGGAGGGAAAAAGCGACAAGAUGCCUCAGGGCUAUGCGCUUUGCGUACUGGACUACGAGUUCCACAUACUGGACAACGCAUUUCUGGUGCACAAGCCGGGCAUCAAGGUGCUGAAGAAGGACAAUCGCCGGGCCAUGUUGUCCGGCAAGACGAACCAGCUGAUACGAAAGAUCAUCUACCCCGAACUGAAGAUCAUGUACGGCAUGCGCAAGGGAUGUGCGAUAUAGUAACUAAUACUGAUACCAAGCUGAGCUCAGUCCCGAUCGAACGGCGAGGAGGCCAAGGCGAAAAGACUACAACCCACUUCACUAUUACUUUUUGCAAUGCUAUAGAUCGGUAGUGUGGACUAUACCGAUUCCGAUACCGAUUCCGAUUCCCCUUAUAGCUUUGGAUGCGCACUGCGAGUGCGAGUGUGUGUUUUACAACUAGCUAGAGACUUAGGCCUAGGACUAAUAGGGCAUUAUAGGUAGUUAGAGUAAGCUUUAGGUCAGGUCGUGUAACGCCAUGUGGGCCUAUUGGGUUUUUAAUCGUUCUGGGUUACCCUCUUUCUACUCUGCAGAGCCCUGAGAGCACGGCCUCAAUUGGUUUAACAUAGUUAAAUGUGGCUUUUAAAUAUCAUGCUGUAUUCCAUUUACCAAGCCAUUCUUGAGCUGAAUUAGCAGCCAACGAACUAAUACCAAUCGCUGUUAAAGCGUCCACAUCCACAGGCAUAGAUUUGAUCCACUUCCAUGAACUUCUGUAAAUAGUAACACACUUGAAACCAUUUACUGGGCCUUGCCCCUCUCCUGCUCUCCUGCUCUCCGGCCACAACUGGAGGCUUGAGCUAUAGGGAUUUCCACUACUCAAAGGCAGUCAUUAUCAGUUACUUUUAGGUUAGGCCAUUAACUUAAGUAUAUCGUUAUUUAGCCGAAUUUUCCAUAUGCAUCCAUUUACGAGCUGAAGAUAGGUUUUCAAUUAAUGGAUUUUAUUUUCAAAAUACUCAAGAGAGGCAAUGAGAGCAACAUUAUUUUUGUAUACCAGGGCGAUAUUCCUAAUCGACAUCAGCAACAACAACAACAGUCUUACCAUUUUGCGUGUCUGUACUUGCAUUAAACAAUGUUUUCUUGGGCACUGUAGACUUACUGUAAAGACCAAAACGUAGAUUAGACCGAUACCGGGCCAAAACAAUUCCAGCGUUAAAUUUUUGACUUGAAUAGUAGGAAUCAUUGAAUUGGAACCUAUUAAAUAGACUUUGAGAGUUAAAUCGUAGUAGUUAUAGCGGUAAAAUAAAAAGGCUAAAGACAAGUUUCAGCAAAACACAAUUACUAUUAAAAUUUAUACAAGAAAACACACACUGAGAAUUGAUUUGCUUACUUACCGCUCUGAAUGGUAGGCAAAGCAAUUAAUGCAAUUGAAGAUUACAUUUCAAAAAGCAUAAAUGCGAACCGUGAUAUUUGUACUAGUAAAGCGAUAUGGAGAUGUUAAACCUAAUUAAUAAGAAACAAAGGGGACGAUCGGAAACAGAGAUCAGAGACCCAUGCAUUAAACUUAACCUAACUUUAGUUUUGUAUAUGUUUUUUAUUAGUGUUGAACAUUAAGUCAAACUUGUGCACAUAUAAAUGUUAAAAACAAUAGGUAUUGUGAGAUCGAAUCCGCAAUUCGAUGCCGAGUGAAAUGCUGAAGGUUUUUGUUGCGUAUGCCUUAUCGAGUUAAAGAGAAAUAAUAGUAACUAAGCGGUCGAUUUUUAGGGAGUUACAAAAAUAUUAGUACUUAGCUGAGAAACGCAAAUUUUACGUAUGUUGUUGAAUAUUUAAUAAAAGUACAUAUUUGAAGUGACUUGGGAACAACAUACAACAAUUGGUGUUUGUAUUUAUUUCACAUUUAGUUCAUACUUGAUUUAGCUAGGACCGUUUAUCAGAUCAAGUCUUACACUUAUUCGCUCAACAAAAUUGUUUCGAUUAUAUACUUUCCAUAAGUAAGACUAAAAUAUCACUAAAACUAUCGAAAGUUGUUGAAAAAGUAGCUAAGAGCAAAUUAAAAAAUAUAACUAGAAUAAAAAGAUUUGAAUUAACGGAUAUAUUUGUAUGAUGUAAUGUAAAGUGGAAAAGUGCCUUAGACAAAACGAAGAAUAUAAAACAUUUGUAAGAAUCGAUGCAGUUGAAAUAUUUUCUGAGUUUACUUUUAAUUUGCAACGCCUUGUGUUCAGAACGGCUAAAGGCAUACAGCUUAUUUUUGUAUGUAGAUAAAUAAAACCUUUCGGCAAUGUAUUAAACUGUAUAUGUACAUAAAUAUUUCAUUGAAAUGAUAUAUUUUUGAAAACUUUGAGUCGAUGUAUCUUUUCCAAUUAAAUGAGUCUUCUUAAUGAUUCAAACCCUGCCAAUUCAUAAAUUCCUCUUACUGUA